AAAUCAUCAUCCCAAAUGGUUCUCCGCGCCAUGCACUUCACUCCCAAAAUCCUCCUCUCUGCUCCGCGGCGCAGUGCCGGGAUUCCAAAUCCCUCAGGCACCUGGGUGUUGUACACCGUCUCGACGUAUAGUUUUGACACGCAUUCCAAAACGCAGGAACUCCGUGUGUUGGAGGUGCGCACGGGAGAGAGUUAUGAAUUGGCCAAGGACGAUGAUAUUAGUGAUUUGAAUUGGGUGGAUGAUGAUUGUUUUUGCUGUUUGCAGGCCGAGAAGGAUGGGAGGACGAAGCUGUAUGUUGCCAGUGUGAAGUCGGUCAUCCGAGACUCGAAUCUGGGCACGUCACAUUAUGUUGCAGGCACGAUCGAUGGUCCGGCUGGUAACCUCAAGGUCAAGAGAUUGGACGAUGACAACUAUGCCGUCGUCUUCUCUGCCCAGGCCAACAACGGUGGAUGCGGUACGAUGUAUAAUCCGGAGACGGAGCAAAAGCCGCAAUCUACUGCCAGAAUCUACAACGGCCUGUUUGUACGCCACUGGGAUGCAUGGAUUGGGACUCAAACGAACUGCUUGUGGUAUGCCAAGUUGUCGAGGAAAGGUGGUGGCAAAUUCAGUUUGUCUGCAUAUACCAAUGCCCUUCACAAAACGGGACUGGAAAGCCCUGUACGGCCCUUUGGAGGCACCGACAACUUUGAUAUCAGCUCGCACGGGAUCAUCUUUGUUGCCAAAGACCCGAAGCUGAACCCAGCGUUGAACACGAAGGAGAACGUCUACCUCAUCCACAUCCGCGACUGGGAAGGGAAUGAAACGCCUACUCUGCAACAAGUCGUCGUACCGGGCUACGAAGGUGCAGCGACUUCUCCUGUUUUCAGUGAAGAUGGUACCAAGGCUGCUUUCUUGAUGAUGAAGACUCGGGGCUAUGAAGCAGACAAGAAUCAUAUCUUCGUAUUGCGCGAUAUCAAGGACCCGACGCACACGAUGGAGCGAGCAUUCUCUGCUGCUGCUGAAGGCAGCUGGAACAGAAGUCCCGGGUCAAUUGUCUGGACAGCUGAUGGCCAAGAUCUUCUCGCAUUAGCCGAAGACACUGGAAGUGGGAAAUUGUUCCUCAUACCGGGCGAUCUGAAACAACAGCAACCGCAAGUUCUCGUCAACCGCAACUACAUAGGCAACGUCAGACCACUUCCCGACGGACGCAUCUUCGCAUCUGGCAGCUCUCUUACCGAUAACUCGUUCUUCAUCAUCUUGAUUCCUCAGUCCGCCGGCUUGUAUUCGCAGCAAUGGUAUCACUCGAACUCGGCAAAUGGCACCAAACUCGGUGGUCUCAAAUCGGAACAAGUCUCCUCAAUUUGGACUCCUGCGAGUAACCCCAAAGUUAACAAAGAAGUGCACAGUAUCGUGGUACGACCGAGCAACUUUGACAGCAGCAAGAAAUAUCCCGUGGCGUAUCUGAUUCAUGGAGGCCCUCAAGGCGCAUGGACAGAUAAUUGGUCCACGCGUUGGAACCCUAUGAUCUUCGCGGAGCAGGGCUACAUUGUCAUCGCACCCAACCCGACCGGCUCGACGGGAUAUGGUCAAGCGUUUACAGAUGCGAUCCGCAAGAACUGGGGCGGCGACCCAUACCAAGAUAUCGUAAAUGUCUUUGAAUGGGCGAGCAGGAAUAUGCCCGAAGCCGAUCAUAGCCGAGCCGUCGCUUUGGGUGCCAGCUACGGAGGCUAUAUGAUGAAUUGGAUUCAAGGACAUGAUUUGGGACGAAAAUUCAAAGCCCUCGUCUGUCACGAUGGCAUCACAUCAUUCGCCGGACUCCUGGCCACAGAAGAACUAUAUUUCCCCUUUUACGAUCUCGGCGGCACUCCUUGGUUCGACCCCGGAUUUGAUUCUACCAAGUCAUCAGCUGCUUCUGCAUCUUCGAGCUCAGCAGCAGAGCAGGCUCACAACAACUUCGGUGCAGCAAGUCUCUCCGCCUGGCGGAAAUGGGACCCGAGCGAACAUUUUGCCAACUGGUCAACCCCACAGCUGGUGAUUCACUCGUCCAAAGACUAUCGCUUGCCGAUUGCAGAGGGAUUGGCGGCGUUUAAUGUUUUGCAGGCGAGGGGUGUGGAGUCGAAGUUUUUGACGUUUCCGGAUGAGAAUCACUGGGUCCUCAAACCCGAGAAUAGUCUCGUGUGGCACAAAGUUGUGCUUAAUUGGAUCAACUCGUACGUGGGCUUACCGCUGGCGUAUGAGGGGGAGAAUGGAAACCAGGAGAGUGGUGCUGGUGGUAUGAUUGAGUUUUUGGGUGGGGUAAAGGACGAUGAAAAGAAUGAUGAAGUUCCUAUUGCGAUGACAGGAUGAGAGGGCGCUUCUUUACCAAAGGCAGAUGAUGUAUUUGGUUGGUGAUGAAGCAAGCAGGCACAAGAACGAACGAGAAAUCAUGCCAUGAAA